AAAUGAGCUUGGUUGGGCAGUGGACAGCAACAGUCGAGUUCUACACAGCGGCACAGCGGUGACACAACUAGAAGCACAAGCAAGGAUUACACAAUUACCAAUACAAAAUGAAGAUAUUUGUUGUUGUAUUUGCGCUUAUCGCACUUAUAGCGUCUGGUCAGGCGACUUUUGGUAAAUUAGCGCUGCUCGCGGGCGUAAGCGGUGGUGUUGGCGGCGGCAGCUACGCUCCUAGCUAUGGUCCUGGUUAUGGUGGUGGCUAUGGCGGCGGUUACGGUGGCGGCUAUGGUUACGGUGGUGGCUAUAAUGGUGGUUAUGGCAUUACGCCAUACUCAAAUAGUCGCGAGAACAUCGUCAAAGUGAUAAAGGUGUCUGUGGUGCCUGGUGGCAGCUAUGGUGGUGGCUACAGCACUGGUGGCUAUGGUGGUUAUGGUUAUGGCGGUGGUGUUUACAAUGGUGGUUAUGCGAGUGGCGGUAUAGCCUACCCUGCGGUGACCACUUCGGCGGUUGUAACACCUGUUGUGACAGCUGUCUCAACUCCGGUUCCAGCUCCGGUCUCAUAUGGUGCCAACUACGGCAGCGGUUAUGGUUAUGGUGGCGGUGUUGGUCUAGGCUACGGUGGUGUUGUCGGUGGUGGUGCAAUUGGUGGCGGUGGUAUUGGUGGUUUGGGUCCUUUGGGUCCUGAAGGCUGGUGCUAGGAUAAAAAGUGAACGAUUGUGGCUGUGCUCGUGAUGGAAACGAUAAAGGGAUGUCACGUAUUUGAUGUUGGUAAUUUGUAUAUAUAACUGUAACGAUGAAUUCAGUAUUAAAGUAAAUAAUAAAUUU